AUGAGAGGGUUGACUGUUCACAGGGUUAUAAGAAGCUAUUCCUCAAUUCCUGCAUCGACAUCUUCUAGUAUUUCUCUGACAUUAGUUUUAUCAAGAUUACCAAUUAUAACUCCAGAUGUACCAAAAUUUGAUCAACAAUUCUACAAUUACCAAACAGAAUUAUGGAGAAGAUUAAUGUGGACAUUUCCAAAAUGGUUUUAUUUUAGACCUGGGACUUUAUCUGAACAAAAAUUCAAAGAACUUAAUGAAAAUCCAGUGAGUUAUGACCCUAAAGUGAUUUAUCCAAGGGGGGCACCAGAUUUAAAGCAUAAUCGAGAUCGUAGAUUCAGACAAUACAUAAGAUUACCAAAAACUUAUAAAGAAGAAAGUGAAUUGGCUGAAGGAGAAGAAAAUACACAACUGGACCAAGAUAUUGCCAGAAAAAUUGUACCCAACUCAAGAAUUACUGAAGCUGAUAAAAAGAAUGAUUCAACCAGUUUGGAAAGAAAAUUGAGUAGAACAUUGUAUUUAGUGGUUAAACAAGGUGAAUCUGGUGAAUGGAAAUUUCCAAAUUUCAAACAACCUGAAAAUGGUGAGUUAGUACCUUUGCAUGAAUUAGCUGAAACUGGAUUAUAUUCUAUUGGUGGUAAAAAAAUCAAUUAUUUCAACGUUUCUCGUGUGCCAUGUCAUGUAACCCAAGACACCAAUAAUACCUCCAAACAAUACUUUAUAAAAUCUCAUAUAUUAUCUGGGGCAUUCGAAGCUCAAGAAAAAGAUGUUGAAUUUAAGUGGUUAACAAAAGAAGAAUUGGGAGAAUGUUUAUCAACAGAAUAUUAUAGAGACAUAGAGCAUUUGCUAAAUGAUGUUUGA